UCUAUUCUCUGAAGUGGUUACAUCAGCCAUCAGGUGGAGCCGGGCUCACUCCCUUACUUCUUCCUUUAUCUCCAUUAUGUCUGGGAAGCCGGCUCUGCGGGCCCCCGGAGGCCCCUGGACAGCAGCUGUGAUGGUGUGGCUGGUGGCGCUGAGUGUCCCAGUGGCUGAGGGCGGGGACUCUCCAUGGAACUUCGUGCUCCAGUUUAAGGGCCUCUGCUACUUCACCAAUGGGACGCAGCACGUGCGGGGUGUGGCCAGAUACCUCUACAACCUGGAGGAGCAGGUGCGCUAUGACAGCGACGUGGGGGAGUUCCGCGCCCUGACCCCGCUGGGGCGGCUCAUCGCUGAGAACUGGAAUGGCCAGAAGGAGCUCAUGGAGCGGGAGCGGGCCUAUGUGGACACGGUGUGCAGACACAACUACCAGAUUGAGGCCCUCACUACCCUCCAGUGGCGAGUGGAGCCUACAGUGACCAUCUUCCCGGCCAAGACAGAGGCCCUGAACCACCACAACAUGCUGGUCUGCUCGGUGACGGAUUUCUAUCCAGCCCACAUCAAAGUCCGGUGGUUCCGGAACGACCAGGAGGAGACAGCCAGCGUCCUGUCCACCCCCCUGAUUAGGAAUGGGGACUGGACCUACCAGAUCCUUGUGAUGCUGGAAAUGACCCCCCAGCGAGGGGACAUCUACACCUGCCGGGUGGAACACCCCAGCCUCCAGAGCCCCCUCACAGUGGAGUGGCGGGCACAGUCUGGAUCCGCCCAGAGCAAGAUGCUGAGCGGCAUCGGGGGCUUCGUGCUGGGGCUGAUCUUCCUGGGCCUGGGCCUUGUCAUCCGUCACAGGAAACAGAAGGGUCUCCUGCACUGACUCCUGAAGGUAUAUCAUUGUACUUGGUUUUCUCUCCUCUGAAAUGGGUGCCGAUCUUUGCCCAGAGUUCCGGUUGCCUGUUAACCUGUUCAUCUCUGAGAUCAAGCCCUACAGUCACCCUGACAGUCCUCAGGUCACCUUGUGUGACCCUCACCCCAAGAAUGCUGCCUCCUGCACUGACUUCAGAGUCUCUCCCUAUUCCUGCCAAAGUGUUUUUCUAUUUCCAUUCUCUCCCCACAGACUGUUCAAGAAAAGCAUGUUGAACUCAAUUACCUACCUACAGAGCUUUUUUAUCAUAACUAAAUGUAUUUUGAGUUAUCUGUAUCCUGAACCUCCUUAAAUGAGCAGAGGUAGGAAGCCACUCCAGAAUGAAAGCAACAUAUUUUGAGGUGACCCAGCCAGCCUGGGACCAGACGGAGGGGUUUUUCCUUGAAAGGAAACUAGAAGCAUCUUGGGGACAGAAAAUAAUUUCAAUCAUCACAUCCUUCAUGAUUCUUUAGUAUUGAUGUUGAGUGCAGUGGCCUUAGAACUGCUGCCUCUCUUCCAGUUUGGGGAGAAUUCUGUAAGUAAGCAUGUGGAAUUGUUGCAUUCUGAUACAGUGACCUCUGGUCACUGAUGUUUCAAAUACAUCCUGGCAAGUCACAUUGGCCAAGGUCUAUUUUUAUUUCUGAGAAAGUAUAAUAAGCAAUAAAAGUACUAUUUUUGGUUUUAAAUGAUAGAAAUCCAACACAAAUUUACUUUGUUCAUGUUACCUGGGGUCAAGUUGACUUCAGAAGAGACAAGGUCCCUCAGGAGUUCGACCAGGAAACCAGGAGUUUGGUUGCUCGCUAU